AAAGAAAUGAGCGCCUUGAUUUUCACCAUCCGCCACAACACAAUGCCGGAGAGGUUACUGUCAAUAUCAUGCAGAGGUACGGUGAAGGCGUAGUCGGGGUUGUGUACGUUGACGGCUUGGUUGACAGUGUAUAUACAGUGUGUCUACCUUCUUCUGUGGGAAAGUGACUCGGUCCUGUCGGAGUCUGCCAUGGAUUCUGUACAUAUGUGACAGUAUACAGAAGUUCAGGUGAUAGCCCCACCACCCAGAGCAUUAUUCCAGUUGGAUCCACUGAUGUCAUGGCUGUUGACUCAAAAGUCGAGCAGCUUGAUAUACCCGCAUACUCAACUGACCACAACCACAAAUGUAUUCCUCAUCCUCGAACCAGACCUCUCUCCCAUACUAUCUUUCCACUCCCCCCAUGGACCCCGGCUACGCAGAUACACGAGGUUCAUUCCCUUCUGACGAUGACGGCGACCCUGCUUCGUCUUCAAAGACAAAGCGGGGCAGUAGAGCCUGCGAUAGGUGUCGCAAAAUCAAGAGCAAAUGUGAGCCCACAGACGGCGAAAGAUGUAGAAAUUGCCUCGUAGCAGGCACCGAUUGUACAUACCAAGGGCCAAGCUUCAAGCGUGGUCCUCCAAAAGGCUACAUUCACGCUAUCGAGCAACGGUGGCAUCAAGUAGAAUGCAUACUUGGCACUAUCAUGGCCAGUCCCCGAGCACAAGGCAUAAUCAACGACCUUCGACAAGAUGCAUUUGCACGCGACGUUCUUGACAGAGUCGAGGCGGGCCCCUAUGGACCCACGGGACGAUCCAGACAACAAGGUACCACGACCCGUGAAGGAUUCUACGAUGCUAUCAUGGGGUCAGAUGCUGCUCAAAGAUCGGUCGGUGAUGACCGCCGUUCAAGAAGACAAUCGCGUUUAACGCGUGAAAUCGUUUCAACGCAAGAACAUGCACAAGCUGUGCCAACACCAGAGUGGCAAAAUCAGUUGUACCAGCUGCUUGUACAGGGACAGUCUACCUCUGAAGUGCCGUCUCCGUAUCGUUCUUCUCUAUCUCCACCAAUGGUAGAUUCUACCCUUAGUUCCACCGGAGGGGCACCUCCGAGACAACGGCUCCGGAUGGGUGAACCUCCGCCUGGGCAUGAUUAUGAAAUGCAACAUCGCCACGAAGUACAUCCCAGAGGCACCAUAUAUCCUGAGGAUCUUCAGCACGCUGUCGAUGCGCUCGGGCAUCUGUCGGUCAACGAGAAUCAAGAUAUUCGUUAUCACGACAAAUCUGCCGGCCUUCAUUUGCUCGCCAAGAGUGAUCGUAAUGACGACUCGCAUACGAAUGAAAAUGGAAUUUGGAAAUUUUCGAGAGCCGGUUCUUCGACUAGUUCCUCUGCGAAAUCAGCCGUGUCUGAAGACCAUAUCAUCUUACCCGAAGUUUACAUUCAAGACCAUCUCAUCCUCCUCUACUUCACUUAUGUGCACGUGUUCUUCCCGGUUAUCCACAAAAAGCAGUUCCUAUCAAUUUACGAUGCACACAGUAAAUAUAACGCUGAUAUGGCAGGGGAAGGACAAUUGCUUGGUGCUGAUCCCUUCGUUCAGGGCAAUUCCAUUCAAGGUGUCUCGAAGCUUCUGCUUCUCGCAAUGUUUGCAUUCGCGGCCAGAUAUGACAUGACAUUGCCUGAAUCGGGUUCUAGAGAGGGAAGAAUAUCCAAGGCGGGACAUCAUUAUGCAGCCGAGGCACGAAAGGUUUUGAAUGAGGUCUAUCAACAUAGCCGACCGUCAACUUGCCAAGCUCUGCUACUUAUGGGCAUCAGGGAGUUUGGUAUCGGGUCAAUGGAGCAGGGAUGGCUUUUCAUCGGUAUGGCAUGUCGUAUGGCCAUUGACCUCGGAAUGAACCAUGACGCGGAUCACUGGAAGGAUGCGAAGGGCAACUACUUAUUUUCCGUCGAGGACAGACAAGCCAGGAAGCAGAUUUGGUGGUCAUGUUGUAUUGCGGAUAAACUUUCAGCUGUUUGGUUGGGACGUCCUGUCAACUUCCGCGACGGAGACUUCAGUGUCGCUUUUCCUGAACUUGACUACAUGGAGGAAGAAGAGAAAUGGAUUCCCUAUCCUCCAGACGUGUUAGGCUACGAUUACACCCCUGAACCAGCCAAGGUUGUGAGCUGCUUCCGUGAGCAGGCCAAAUUAUCGUUUAUCAUCAGUCAAAUCAUGGCUGAAAUCUAUCCGGUGAAGCAGACCGGUGGUGAAAACCUGAGGAGGUCCUCAUUAGAUAAACUUGAAACUAGGCUGCAUCAAUGGCUGUUCCAGUUACCUGAACAUUUGGCGUAUUGCGAGACUAGCAAACGUGUGACACCUUUGCCCCAUAUCUUGGCUUUGCACAUUGAGUAUCAGUCUGCUCUGUUGCUGCUGCAUCGGGCUUUCAUUCCAAGCUGGGACGAUCGGGAUGCAUUCUCGGAUUCUCACCGAGCCGGAGAUCCACUGGCGCUCAAGGCUUUCGAUAAAUGUCAAGGCGCGGCUGCACAUAUUUCCUCAAUGGUUACGAUGUAUAACCAUAAGUAUGGGCUAAGUCGGUGUCCACCAUUGUUGUCGGUAUACCUCCAAAGCGCCGGAAUUAUGCACGUUGUGACGCUGAACCUUCGCCCCGGGAAUACUCAGGCGUCUGUCGGCCUCAUUCAAUGCAUCGAUGCUGCUCGCGCUAUGGAGGAAACAUGGCCGUGCGCGAUCCAAAUUCGACGACUGCUACAAGGUGCCAAAGUCUACCUUGACCCAAUCCUGGCCAGUUCGGAUAUCAAUCAAAGCGAGCGACCAAAACGCGAUAUCGAUCAAGCCCUCAGCGAAGAAAGGACAUCCGAGUUACUUCAACGCUCAGUGUUCGGAGAUCCCCAAACAAUGCGGCAUCCGUCAUACUCAGCGCAAGCUGAGCAACGCGAUGACGAAGGCGCUCGUAUGAUGGCGCACACCCUUGGUAUACCGCUUCCGGGAGUUCAACCUUCCACUUCGUAUUACCCCGGAUAUGAAUGGUGGCCUCCGUCUGUGAUGGGUGGACAGCAGUAUAUGUCCUAUGGACCUGCCAGUGCGCGAUACUCCCAACCGAGCCCUCAGCCGCCGCAAAUGAGCAGUAUGCAUGCUCCGCAGGGACCAUUCACGUUUGAUAAUGAUCAACUUUCAUCCGAGUUCUUGCAAGGUUCAUCCUCUACAUCGAGUCCGAGAAUGGGCUAUGGGCAAUAUGGAGGUCCUGGACCUUCGCAUCAUGGGCGCUAGUUACAUCCGAAUCUCGACAAUCCGAAAUCUUUCUGGAGUUUGUCCGUCCACGUUGCGGAGGUUACUCAGGAUUUCACAUCUAUGUAUGGCUCUAUAUAUUACGGUGGGGGGGUUUAUGUGAUACGUAUAGACUUUAGACUUUACUGGUGUGCUUCGGACUAUCCCGAGUUUCGUUUUACCAGUACUUCGUCUUGAUACCUAUCGCGAGUCGUGCGAUGUACUGUAAAAUAGUAGAACGAGCUUUUUAAUUAGUGUUAUGCAGAAAUAGUAUUCCUCUCAGAAUGUUUGAUUC